AUGCCGAGCAAGGAGGUACAUCCCAUUUUACUUACUCCCGUUGCAUUUUCUUCAAUUCGUUCCUACGCCACCGGAGGUCAAAAACCUUUGCUCCGUGCUAUUCAGUUCUCGUGCCUUCCCGUUUAUGCCAUGAUAUUACUCCGUUCUAUUUAUACUUUUGUGUGUUUGAACCUUCAUAUUGACACGUAUACAAUUGCUAUUUUCAGCCGUCUUGACCUCACGACAGCACGCAUCUUCCCAGGUAACAGUCGUGUGCACGACUCUGCAAGUUUACAGGCUAAAACGCAAACUAGAAAAAUAUAA